AUGUCUGGCGGAACCAACGAUCCAUCUAAGCGACGGACAGGAAAACUACCCCGGACCGACAGCGAAUGCCAACUUAAAGCCCCAGGAAUGCAAUUUCUAUCUGAGAAACAGCCCAAAGUCACAACCCGUGAGGUUACAAUAUCUCCUUCAGUAACCUUAACAAGCAAAUUGAAUAACAAAUGUGACUUCUUUCCAAAGUUUGAGGAUAAAAAUCCUUUCAGGAACCAAAGAACUCAAACGCUUUAUAGAGAGUCCUCGGCACAGACCCUGGCCUACCUUCCAGAAGUUCUCGACAAGGAAAAUGUGAAACCUUUCGAGCUGUUUUCAUUGCCAUCCGUGCUGCCGGGCGACAAGCCUCCAGGGCUCUACGAGGCGGAGGUCCUGGAGCGCUCCAGAAAGCGCUGGACCUUCAGAGACGCCCUCAAGGCCAAUUUGAGAGUCCUUCUCAAGGACGCCAGGGAAAAGGCCAUAAAGUCGCAGUACAAGCCCCUAUUAGAAGCCUUCGAGUGGGAGCAGUGGAUCGAGCGGGAGGAAUAUAUCCAGGAGUGCCAGAUGAUGCGUCUGGAGAUUGUGAUCAAAAUGUUUGACAAGCGGGAGAAGGAGAUGCACUCCGCCUCCAAGACCCGGAUUGAGAAAGCCUGUGAGGAGAUCGAGAAGCGUCGCCAAGCCGCCUUGCAAAAGAACGAGAGGGAGUACAAUCGGGGAAUGCACCGCUUGGAGAUCUCAUUGUCCAAGAAACCACGUAAGUGGCAAAGACAGAACCCGGUGGAGUCUCUGAGUAGCCCGUGCUCCGAGUUCUAUGCGCCACUUAUGAGACACGGAGUUGAUCCAGCUCGUCGAAGCUUUGUGCCGAAAACUGAUCGCAAGGCUUUCGACAUGAGAAUCGACGAACUGGAAAAGAAGGUGAACAUGAAUAGUCUGAAAUGUCCCUUCAGAACCCUUAAAAAGUGGUCCAAGCCCAAGGAGCAUAUGACGGAGUACGAGCAAAACUUCUGCAACGAGAAAAAUCUGCAGAAGUUGUUCGACACCCUAAAAACUCUAAGAACCCAGUCCACCAAAGACAAGGAGGCGCCGAAAUGCCUGCGAAAGCGAGUGAAGCCCUAUGUACACUUAGAGGACUCGCUUACGAGACUGACCACUCUAUCGAACCUCUAUCAAACCCAUGAGAAGGACGAUCGCGCUUUAUCGGUCAAGGAAGAUCCGCCGAAACCGCCUACUGACUGGUAUUUGAGACCACCAUUGAAUGAUGAUUUCUGCACUGAGCCAGAUUUUCUUGUGGCGGAGAGUGUGCGACAUGCUAUAGAGGACAUACUGAACUCCUUCGAGGGCACCUACAUAGGCUGGUACAUGCAGUUCCUGUCGGAGGAAAUGACCCGACUCUCAGAACAGCGGAGGUUGCAUGUACUGUCGGUUUUGGCCCAAAAGGAGCGCUGGCGGCGCGAGGCGGCCGAGGCAGGAAUCAGGCAGAGGGAGAACGACAUGCGGCGGCUGUACGAGGAAAUGUUCCAGAAAACCAGCACUGUCAACCAACAGAUUUCGCACGAUUACAUUAGAAGUAUACUUACUACCGACAUGCAGAACAACGCUCAAGGAGUUGCCGCCGAAACGACAUCGCACCUGGCCAGACAGAUCGACAGCGACAUCGAGAGGUGGCUGGAAAGCUUCAAGUUGAUCCAGAAUCCCCUGACCUUCGUUCCCCUGCGAAUGAUGCUCAAGGACAUGGUGUGUCCGGACGUGGACGCAGUUCUGCGUCACAAUGAAAGCGUCAUAGUUGUAAAACAUGUAAUGGAGGAUGUGCUAUUUCCGAAAAUGUGGAAUGAACUAGACCACUUCGAUAUUGCCUUCACGUUGACGAGCGACCUUAUUGACCGGCUGAUCGACAAUGACCUCUACCUUUUCUCCACGGACAGCGAGAGUGAGACUCCACAGAAGCCAUCCUGGUACGAGGCCGAGGCCAUAGUUAGGAAGCUCAUCCGACAGGCAGUGCCAGGGAGACGCUGGAAGGAGCAAAACGAACGGAUAGUUUACGAAAUCUACAAUAGCCUCGUCGACAACCUUUUCUUUGAGAUCCUGAACAACAUGGAGCUUUCAUUUUCGACCAAACCAUUAAUUGAACUGCGUCCGUUUAUGUCGCACGGUGUGAUUCGCUCUUCAGACGACAUAAGAGCAAAGGAAAACGAAGAUGUGCAGUCGAUAGGGAACGUCAGCACACUGACAUAUUCCAAAUUCAUUCAGUCUAAUGUACUGAACAUUGUUAAGAAACGGAAGGGGGACAAGAUCACACGGGAAUUGGAAAACUUGGACCAAUAUGUGACCGAUGAUAAGUCCUUUGAUUUCGACACACUCUUGAGAACCGAGGUAAUCACACCAGCAGUCAAUAUAUACCAAGCAAACAAUGAUAUAUUUAGCGUAAAAAGCACUCUUGACGUACCCGAAGAAUACCAGUUGGAGGCACUCAAGGGCAGAGGCUACAGGGUGAUGCUCCCCACAAUGGCCGAAAUGGAUCCCGGUGCACUAAAGAACGCCGAAAUGGAUCCCGAUGCAGUAAAGAAUCAAGCUUCACUCGACUCGGAAAAACCGAAACACACACCCGCAUCGUUUGAAAACCGAAUGUUGAAAAACCAACUUUCGGGAGAAUCAUUAGCCAGUCGAACAGACAAAAGAGUUAGGGAAGUGUUAGAGAUUGAAGAUCAUAAAAGAGAAAAAAAUAUAAAGGUAAUUGGACUAGCGGAGGAUCAUUCUGGAAAAAAGGAGACACUCACAUCCAGAUCAGAAGAGGAUCGAACAAAUGAAAAGCAAAUGGACUUUAGAUCCGAAAAUAAUCUAUCAGAAAAAGGGAAAACUCUUAUUCAAGAAUUGGAGACGGAACUGAAGGCGGAGGAGUCUGAACGUCGGAGCUACGAAAACAUUGCGUUCGACUUAAUAAACCAAAUCUUAGGAGAUAAAAUCCAAGAUGAUACGAGUGUGCUGCAUGAGAACCAAGCACACAUGAUGGAGCCAAUCGGCGAAGAAGAUACAAGCGUACUGCAUGAGAUCCAAACACAUGUGAUGCAGUCAGUUGGUGAAGAGGAUACGAGCAUGCUGCAUCAGAACCAAAUACACGUAAUAGAGCCAAUUGGUGAAAGGGAAAACGAUGAAGAACAACAGGAAGAUAUCUUAGUGAUGCACAUGAACGACUCGGACAUCAAGGAGGCCGGAAAAGACUCUACCUUCAGUCUUGCUUUCAACUCGGAGCGGCGUCCAGGUCCUAGCGAUUCUGAUGAUUUGCCCACUUCUGCACCACCUGUAGAUGACGGAGACCGACCUUUCGUAGCUGAAAGCCCAAGACCAUUAUCAGCAGAACCAUCCGACCACUCUACAGUAGUUUACGAACACAGAGGCACAACUUCACGACUUAAGAAGUAA